AUGUCUCCACCCCGCAAUCUCCAAGGCCUGUAUCAAGCACGCUCAAACAGCAUCAGCUCUGCGUCAACCCAAGAGCCCACCGUCCACAACGUCUUCGAACCCGUGACAGGAACAUGGCAAUACAUCGUGGCAGAUCCAUCCGCAAAGGCCGCCAUCAUCAUCGAUCCGGUCUUGAACUAUGAGCCCGCCACCCAGGCCAUUACCACGACAGCAGCCGACGAAUUACUCUCGCUAGUUCAAGAAAAGGGCUACCGAAUCGAGAGAAUCCUCGAAACACACGCUCAUGCAGAUCACCUCACUGCAUCUGCAUAUUUACAGCACCAACUCAACCAAUCCCAAGGAUUCAAACCGCCGAUAGGAAUCGGCAAGCGCAUCGCGCAAGUCCAAAACCUCUUCGGCAUGCGAUACCACAUCGGCAAAGAAGAAUACGAGCAAGUCUUCGACCACCUCUUCGAUGACGACGAGAGGUUCGCCAUUGGCAGCAUCACAGCCACCGCUCUCCAUCUCCCAGGCCACACGCCAGAUCACCUUGGGUAUCAAAUCGGAGAAAAUAUCUUCUGCGGUGACUCCCUCUUCCACAUCGACAUCGGCACAGCACGCUGCGACUUCCCCGGCGGCAACGCAAAGAAUCUCUACAACUCCGCGCGCAGAUUACUCGAAUUCGACGAAUGUGUCAAGAUCUGGCCCGGGCACGACUACCCCCCGCCUGACCGGGACCCCGUGGCCUUUAUGAGUGUUGGCGAACAUAAGCGGUUGAAUCGGCAUAUCAAGGAGUCUAUCUCCGAGGAGCAAUUUGUUGCGUUGCGGACGGAGCGCGAUGCUAGUUUGAAUGAGCCUAGGCUGCUUCAUCAGUCUUUGCAGGUUAAUAUUCGGGGUGGACGGCUUCCUGCGCCGACGGAGGCUGGGCAGCGGUUUCUUCAUUUACCGUUGAGAUUGGGUGGGUUGAAGUGGUAG